ACUCAUACGCAUGUUAUUUACUAUGUUGUGUAUUUGUCACACAUUUGUCAGUGGCAAGAAGAAAUUACACCUUUUAUGGAGAAUGAACUGAUUUUUAAUAAUGUCAGAGGUGUUUCUGUGUGCGCAAUUAAGUAAAUAAAGUACAGCUGUUGUGGUGAAAAGACAUUGAAAUAUUUAUUAAAAUGACUGGAAGUUUGACAGUGGUUUAGACUAGUGUUUUUAAUGAAAAUACCUUAAUUGAUGCUUACAGUAGAAAUAGGUUCACCAUGAGUUCUAGGGAGAAAGAAUAUGGAAUAUUUAUAAAAAAUGAUUUGCUUAAAGACCUGCCUAAAGGGCUACAACCAAGAACUGUCCUUCUUGGCCAAAUUGUCAUUAUAGAUGGAAGAAUAGGUGACCGAAUGCUAGCUAUAAGGUUCUUGAAAGACUUUGAUAAUUGGGAAACAAUAACCUAUUCAUGUUGUGAAGACAACAUCGUGAGAAUCAGUGAGAAGUUAUGCCCUUUUAUUGCUUCUGUGAGUUCGCCACAAGAAAGAGUGAAAUUAGCCAAAAAUAGGAAUCUCUGCGAAGCACUACAAAGAGUCUGUACUGAUAUGGUAGUUGGUUUUACUGAUUUCAAUGACAUUCAACUAGGGAAAGUGAAGUUCAUAGGGUUGGUGAAGGGAAUUGGCUAUGGCUAUGGGAUUGAGUUACAUGAAAAGAGGAAAGACAACCUAUGCAACGGUCAGUGUGCAGGAAUCCAGUACUUCAAAUGCAAUCCCGGCUACGCGGUCUUUACGACCAUAGAAAGAGUGAGACCUUUAAACAUGAGUAGCGCCAUCUGCAACGGCACACCUUCGGCUCCCCCGCCCCAAUCCGACUUGGACAUUUUGGUCGAGAAGAACUUGUACAGCAUGACGAACGGCAUGAACGAAGAAAAGCCUAAAUACGAGGAGAUAGUGACGAAAUACGGCGAAUAUCCAACGAAGAAGUUCGCUACGAAUAAACAUACCAACAGCAACAAUACCUACUUAAGAAGUUCCCUGUCCCUUCAGAACAUGAUGGAUAUCAAUAAUAUUUCGGUUAACACAAACAACGACUUCGAUCAGAACACCGUAAUUCAACCAGAAAAGACGACGCUGAUGAAGAAACCCAAGGACAACACUGAAAUAGAUCUGAUAGAUGUGAUAGGAGGAAAAUGGUCGGGUACCACCGAUAGAAAACAACUGGACGACUUCACGGGAUCGAUGAGGAAACUCGACAAAAACGACAACGUCAAAGAAAAAUAUGUCAAUUAUGUGGAAAACAACACCCUGAGUCGACGCAAUAAGAGUAGCAACCCUUUGCAUCACCUACUGGACGGCAACAGUACGUUGAAGAAGAGUACCGCCAAGUUUUAUACAAAUCAUUUUUCGGAUAUCAAGGACGAGCAUAAAAGUUCGACUCUCAAAAAAAAAAUUAACGAAAGAACAACCGAGCAUGCCAAACCGUCGGCCACGUUCUACAUUAACGAGAAACCUAAGUACGACGAUCCAGCUCCAGGUACUACCAACGAUUUCGUCAUCGGCAGCUUGGUGGAGGUUCUGAACGACGUCAGCGAAAACCCUCUGUACGGAGUCGUCAGGUGGAUGGGAGUUGAGAGCGGUACCAACUUUGUGCUUGUAGGGGUGGAACUAGAAGAGGAACAACUUCAUCUACCGUUAAAUUUAUCAGACGGUGUACACAAAGGAGACAGAUUAUUCAGUUGUGCUGAAAACAGAGCCAUUUUUGUACCCCUAGAUCAGUGUAGGAAAGAUUCUAGAUUCCAGGACACUCCGCCGCCCAGAGUUCACGAGGCUUCCGCUGUAGAACACAAUAUGGAUUGUCCGGUGAUUCCAGGAGCAGUGCCUCCUUUGUGCAUGCCCACCGAAGAAGACGUAGAAGCUGUGUGUGGGAAGUACAGAGGCAUUCAAGGACACCACAAUUCCUGUUAUCUGGACGUGACUUUGUUCGCAAUGUUUACGUACACCUCAGUUUUCGAUAGUAUUUUAUUUAGGCCUAAGAACAUGUGUGAUAUUGAUGACUACGAAGAAGUACAGAGGGUAUUGAGAGAAGAAAUCGUCAACCCUCUUAGGAAAAACCUUUUCGUCAGCGCAGACCACGUGAUGAAGCUGCGUCGACUUUUAGAUAGGCUGAGCAAUAUUUCGGGCUUGACGAGCGAGGAGAAAGACCCGGAAGAAUUUUUAAAUUCCCUUCUGGCUCAAAUUCUCAGAGCCGAACCCUUCCUGAAGCUGAAUUCAGGCCAAGAGACGUUCCAUUAUCAGUUGUUUGUAGAAAAAGACGCUCAACUCACCUUACCUACAGUCCAGCAACUGUUCGAACAGAGUUUCUUGACUAGUAAUAUUAAACUGAAGGAGGUUCCUUCUUGUUUGAUCAUUCAGAUGCCUCGGUUUGGGAAAAACUAUAAGAUGUACCCUAGGAUAUUGCCGUCGCAACUUCUGGACGUGACUGAUGUGAUAGAUGGAUCUCCAAGAACGUGUAUAGUCUGCGGAAAGCUGGCCAGGUACGAAUGCAGAGAAUGCUUCGAUGACUGCAGCAAUGCCGGUCUGGAAAGUACUGCUUUUUGUUCGGAGUGUCUGAAGACGGCCCACAGGCACGAGAAACGGAAAAAUCACAAACCUACGAAGCUGAACGUAUCCAGUGAUUUAUCUUCUGUGCAGGAUCUGUACAGGUGGCCAAGGCUGUUCAUGGAGUUAUUUGCUGUGAUUUGUAUCGAAACGUCGCAUUACGUGACGUUCGUUAAGUGUGGCGUGGGACACGAGGCUCCUUGGUGUUUUUUCGAUUCCAUGGCUGAUAGAUUAGGUGAAAAAAAUGGCUUUAAUAUACCCGAAAUGGUGGCCUGUCCCGACGUGUCGCGAUGGUUAUCAGACGAAACCAUCUGCAAACAACUUCACGAAGAAUAUCCCUCGGACAGGCAUUUGCCCGAGCAUGCGCGUAGACUGUUGUGUGAUGCCUACAUUUGCAUGUACCAAAGUUCAGAUGUGAUGAUGUACAGAUAAAAAGUGUCUAUAUACAUUUCUUGUUUUUCAUUUUUUUAAUUAUGGACAGAUCGAGAGGAUUGAAGCACAUUUGUUAGUAUUGUUCUGAAGCUAUUUCUAUGUGGCAUUUGUGUAAUUUACUAUUCUAAUUGAGAAAUAAGGCACAAUUUAACUUGAAAAAUGAUUUUAUUGACGUUUCGACUUCCACUUCGGAGGUGUGAAAGUCGAACGUCCGAAGUGGAAGUCAAAACGCCAAUAAAAUCAUUUUUCAAGUUAAAUUGUGGCUUAUUUUCCCAAUUAGAAUAGUAAAUUAUAUUUGUUAGGUGACAUUGUUACUGUUUAUGUAUCAAGGACAGGCCUAAUUUUUUGUUUAUGGCAGUUUUCAGUAGUAAUUACACGAGAGCUCUAAAAUUAUCGAUUUGUAUCUCGAGUGACACUUUGACAGUUUUAAUUUCACGACCCUAAGGGGAGUGAAAUUAUGUCGAAAGUGUCACGAGGGCAAAACAAAUCGGUAAUUUUUAAGAGUUCGAGUGUAAUUCGAUAGGAUUAUUUCAUGAAUAAAACGGUUUUUUAAACCAUUUACCCAUAGUGUACUAAACUAAAGUGUACUAAAGUUUAAACCAUAGUGUACUAUUUGACAAGUUGUAAAACAUUAAUUGUUAUUAAUAUGAUUGAAUGUUCAUUUUUGAGUAGCAACGAAGGUCAUCUGACGGUAUAUUUGACGACGGGAAAUUAUCGAAAAAAAAUUCCGCUGUAAUUUUUAUUCUUGUAGGUUUCUAUUGGUCAAAGUCUGUAUGAAUGCAAUAAUCUAGCAAAUAUUUAUUAAAAUAUAUCCAGGUGAUUAGGCAAUUGAGAAAGAAGUUAUCUCAGUGGAAUGAAUACAAAUAUAAUGGAAGUUGAAUAAUUUCUUACUAAAUUACCUAUAUUCAUUUAUGGAAAGACCUAAACCAUGAAACACCUAGAAAUUGUGAAACCUCUGUACUCUGGGUGUUGAGAUUUUGAAGUGGAAGAACUGACAAAAUAGGGGAAAAACUGGAAGAGAAGAGAUUUAAGAUACUAACAGGAAAGGCUUAGCUCAGAAGAACAAAUCAAAUAGAAAGGCGCACAACGUGGGGCUACCAUAACUGGGGAAUUUGUUGCAUCUGCGUGUUUGCUCGAAUAUUCACGAAGGUAAUAGUUCUUCACAAAAUAAAAUGAACGACAAUAUCAGAGAACCAUUUUAUCCAAAAUAAUUAAUCUAUAGGCUUACCUGAAACUAACAUGCAAACUUCAAAACUUCCACCAUAACAGCAUUGCUCAUUGCUUCAUAUACAAAUUAUUGGAUAGUUACUGGCUUUGUCAAUUGGUUACUCCGAAGAUUUAUUGAAACCCUGUUUUUGGAAAUACAUAGUUGAUUUUAUGUAAUUUAUUCGAUGGUAUUCAUUUGUUCCAGAAAUUCGUCCCUCUGAAGGUUUAUUAAGUUUGCAUGUUACUGUUGAGCGAGCUUUGACCUGACUAAUUCAUCGAUCCUCAUCGUAAAUUCGAUUUCCUUUUCACAGUGGACACACAGCGGAGGAAUGUCGUUUCAAAAUCGAUCGCGGGCGUAUCACAAGAAAUUUCUUGAGGGAUAUUAUUAAUUUUAAUUAAAUUAAUUUAAUCAGUGCCUAACCGCUACAAUUGGAGAGAGUAAAAUUGUAGAGACCUAUAUAAUUGAAAGUUGUGUACAGCUUCUGGGAAAGAUGACUUGAAACAGUUAUCAGCAUAGAUGAAAUAUCAGCUAAUACUGAUUUUUGUUAUCUGUUCUUCCAUAUCGUCAAUAUGUGUAAGAAAACAUUUAUUCCUAUCAAACCAACACCGACAUAGUGCUUGAAUCCUUUUGUUCUCAGUACCAAAUUCUCCUAGACCUUAUGUUAUUAUAUUAACACAUAUAUUAACAUUUAUUAAAAUAUGUAAAGAAUUGUGAAAGCUCCGUUAUAAUUAUUUUUUUUCCUUUGGCAUGUCAAUUCCAAAGAAUUAUAAAAGAUAUAUUGAAAAUUUAUUGUUUAAAAUCUACUUCGAUGAAAUUGGUGAAUGUAUUCACAGGUAGAUGUUCCUUUUAACUUGUAGAUAGAUUGAAGGACUCUAAAUCGGGUUUUUUAUAACAAAAUACAAUCUUAUUCAUGAAUUUAAACUCAUAGGCUGAUCACUAGAGAUUUCGAUAGUUUUUUGUACCAAUGAGACGCAUUUUUUGUAGAAGUUUGUCUUUUUACAACACUAAACAUAACCUAACAUCGUCAUUUGACCCAAAUGUUUUGCCUUAGAGCACUCUAGAGGUCUUGAGUUGUUAGGAGCAAAAUCUGAAGAAUACGGUGGAAGACAAGCAGUGUCUUCCUUUAAACACUCCAAUAAAGCCAUAAUAAUCGCUAUUGAUUGUUCUUCCCGUCUUAACUUGUAAAUUAAUGGUCCAAAUGACGUUAAAUUUUGACAAAUGACGUGUGAAUGUCAAUACUUUAUGUAAAUGUAUUUUAUGAUUAUUGGUGACGCCAGUCUUAUAAUGACGCCGUAAACACACAUUAAACACUCCAAUAAAGCCAUAAUAAUCGCUAUUGAUUGUUCUUCCCGUCUUAACUUGUAAAGUAAUGGUCCAAAUGACGUUAAAUUUUGACAAAUGACGUAUGAAUGUCAGUACUUUAUGUAAAUGUAUUUUAUGAUUAUUGGUGACGCCAUCUAUAUGUCAGCCACAGGCUUAUAAUGACGCCGUAAACACAUAAACCGAUUUCAUCGAAGAAGACGAAGAAAACAUACAACAAACUAUAACCAAUAUUAGCACUCUGCGCAAACUUAAAUAAAAUGCCUAAAAAACACUGUUUAUAAACUAAAUUUGUUAUCCUUUUAGAAAAUUUGUUAUGCUAAAAGGAAUUGACAUGUUAAAGUCAAUGAUGACAAUAUAAAAGCUAUGUACCUAUUAUAUAAGUAACUUCUAAAGUAAAUGUUGUACAUGGGUAGUGCAAAUGACUGAAAGGACCAACAGUUUUUUGUUUGAAUGUUUCUCUAUAGUAAAACGAAAAAUCGUGAGAUGAAAGAGUCAAUUUACUCAACAAGGGGAGUUGUUAUACAAUAUAAACAUUUGAUUUAUUAUAAAACAAAACUAUAUGUUUACUAACCUUUUUAACGUUAGUGGUAAAUUCCUUUCAAACUAUACUCAAAUUUUAUUUUUAAACAUCUUAUUUAUUUUAUAUAAUAAUUAAAUUUACUAUCAAAUGAUAUUUAUUUAUAUUUUAUUAAUCAUUUAAUAUUUAGUCUAACUUUGAAGGUCUAUCAGAAGUAAACAGCGUGUGCUUUAUUGAAACGUUAACAGAUGGCGUUAGGAGCAAACAUAAUAAUUUAAAUAUAAUUUGAUUAAUAUAUAAAUAAUCAAUAAAUAAUACAAUUCCUUUAACAAAUUCAGAACACAUAGUAUGAAGCUUCGCGCUAGUCUAUAGUACCACCUUUUUGGAAAAUGGAUAUGUUUAAAUGAAAGAAGUGCAAAAUGUCAGUGAAUAUGUUACACAACAAAUUGUAGAUCUAUAGAAAACAUUCGGUUGAAUGCACUACCCAAAUCUAAAUAUUUAUUUAAAGCUUGUUAGAGUAUUACAACGCGAGAAAUGUAUACCCUAUUCUAAAACAAAGCUAAUCGCAAAUUUAUCUGGAUUUCGUUAAGGGCAUAUCACACAUUUUACUAAUGAUUACUGUUACGUUAUUUUCUAGGGAAAAAAGAUAAGUAAGUUCAUAGAGUGAUCAGCUGUGAUUUGUUAAUUUAUUUGACUAAUUUUACAGUUUUUAUUUUCUACGCAACGCCUAUGAGGGCGAAGAGAUUUAUUUUUGUCUUCUGAGAUCAUGUAUAGAAACUAGAAAUUAUGUUAAGGUGUUCUAUAUACUUUUUUUAUUGAAGUAUUCGGUGUUAGAGCAAAUACAAUUAUAUAUGAUAUGUUAAAAGUAGGUAUUUUAGAAGUCCUCGGCCAUUUCUACUUCUCCCACCACACUGAAAUCACAAAUCACGACCACAAGAUGAAGUCAUCUCUUUUCAACGUUUUUUCAUGCUCUUUUUGAUGCUUGAUAAGUCAAGAGCUGGAAUAGGCGUGGUUUGUGACGUCAGGGGCUUGGCUUAUAUUUUUAGCAUAUUGUGAAAAAUGGAAAUGGUUGGGGCUUCCCAAAAGACACAAUUAUGUCAAAAUUAUUAUUCUUGACUUAAUUUUUUUCAGAUGUUUAUAGUUCAAAGGAAAAUUAGACAGGAUCUUAUUUUGUAUUUUGUUCGCUGUCCAUUUUAUAAAUUUUUUAAUAUUCGAAGUUUUUAUUUCUUAGAUUUCUUGUAUUGAUGGAGGAACAAACUAUUCACAUACUACUUUUAUAUACAUUCAAACUAUUUUUAACCGAUACAUCCGAACAGUAGAUUCAUUCCUAUCUUGGUACGUAAAAUUCUAGCAAUCAUAACAUUUCUUUUGGUUGAUUUCGAGGUGUUUAAGUGUUCUGGAAAUGUGCCAUGGUUUGUUUUUAAGGUUAUGUUAGAUUAGGUAAUUUGCCACUUUAUCUCUACUUGGCGAAACGUUGUGAAAUAUAAUUGAGAACAGCAUGGUAAAUGACAACCAACUAAUAUAGAAAACACAUAAAGCAAGAAAACAAAUAAAAUGUAAAUAAGUGGACAAAACGUAAAAGCAUCACAGACAACAGUGUAAAAUAUCCAACAAAGAUAGAAUUUAAGAUGAUAUUAAGAAAUCCGUUACAUCACAAACCAAUAAAUUGGAGAGAGAGAGAGAGGGGGGGGGGGGGGGAGAUUGGUAUCCAGAAUUCGACAGUAAAAAAAUUUUGAAACACUUUAAUUGGUGUCCUGUCAUUUAUCAAAUUAGUUGAUAAUCGAUGUCAAAUAUCGCUAUACUUUUUAUUAGCUUUAAUAAUCCGGCUGAAAGGACCAAUGUAAAAUAUUUCCACGGAUUCAUACAAAACACAGAUUGUCGAUGAAAUUUAAGAUGUUGACAAUAAUUCAAAACUGACGUUAUCCUAGAAACUUAUUCAAUGCAGUUAUAAAAUUGAAUUGUGGCCAAUGAUCAGCUUUUAGGUAAUUAUUCUUUUCUGCAAACUUUUUGCUUCGAUUUAUUCCUGAUUUUUAGUUUUACAUAUUUUCCACCUUCUCUGUCAAUUUGAUGUGAACAGUUAGUGCUAUACUUUGUUUUUAAACCAAGAGAAGUAAACUAAAAAGACAGAUUCACACCCAAGAAAGUCACUAGAAAUAUCAUCAAAUACAUAUUUUUUGGUUGAUCAUAGGGGACAUCCAUAAACUACGUCGUGGAGAAGAGGGAGGGGGGCUUGCUUAUUUCGACGAAAUACGACAGGGGUGGGGGAUAUGAGUGUAAAUUCGACGUCGUUUAAUAUAUUGGUAUAUUUAAAUUUGUCGCUAUUGUCUCUAUAAAUAUAAUUUUUUACUAGCUUUUACCAGCAUUAAAGUAUCAGAUAUUCAUAUAAAAACGUAUAGUUUUUGAAAUGAAAUUAAAAAUAAAACAAAACGUUUACGAAUAAAUACACCUUCGUUAAAAUUAAAAAGAAUUCUCUUAUAUAUACUUUUAUCGCAUACAUUUCGUUUUUAUCAGUCACAGCCUUAAAAUAAUAUUAGGUAGCUCUUUUGUACAGUACAACAAACAAUAAGACAUUGUUCUUUGGGUUUAAACAAGCGCUUCUAUGUAUACAGAACAACAUCUGGAAGCAAACCAUAUUAAAUUGUUAAUUCAUUUAUGUGCUGCAUACUGUGUGUGAAAAAAUGGUUCUGAAAAAAUGAAUGGAAAUAAAAUAUUGUGUCCUAUUUAGUUAGUAAGUCGUAUUUAUACUUAGAGAAGAUUUAUACGCAAAAUCUUGGUCCAAUGCUAUUUAAAUGCAUUCAUUUUUUUCAAAUACUCAGAAAACUAAUAAAAAUUUUUGAAAAAUUUAAACGCAGAUUGAGAGAUUACAUUAUUACCGAGGGCCAAAAGUUUCUGAAAACAUCUAUAAUGUUUAUUUUAAUAAGUUACAGGGAUAAAAAAAGAUAAUAUUUAGUCUGAUUUUUAAGUUCAAAAAUUUCAUUCAAAAGAAACCUUUUGUUUAUUCUAAGGGACUUUCAGCCCUCGGUAAUAAUGUAAUCUUUCAUUCUGCGUUUAUAUUUUUCAAAUAUAUUUAUUAGUUUUCUCAGGAUUCGAAAAAAGAAUGCAUUUAAAUAGCAUUGGACCAAGAUUUUGCGCCUACCCCCUUAAUUGUUCUUGUUAUGAUACACUCGCAAAUAAAGUUUCAAGGUUGAUUAAAAAAAAACAGAAAUAACAUUGAAUUUUUUUUAAAUCACUGAAAGGAGGGUCGUGAACUGCAAUGACGACGUCGACUAGGGGGGGGGGUUCGUCUGUAAACGACGAAUUACGACGGAGGGGGGGGGUAUUAAAAAGUUCAAAUUUUUUAAUUUUUUACGACGUAGUUUAUGGAUGCCUCCAUAUCGGCCUUUGACGGUAAUCCAUGAAUAUUAUAUUAUACUAAUACGUCACUAAAGAGUUCUAAAAACAAUAGUUUUUUACAUAAAACCAGACUAGAAAUCUAAAAAUUAAAGGAAUAACGCAGAAAAUACAAAAAAAUCGCCGAUAUAACUUUAUUAAUCUAUGAAAUGCCAAUAGUGUCAAAAGUUUUAUAAAUGUGAUUAGUGUCAAAAUUUGAUAACAGUGGAGUAAACUUGCCUGAGGUUGGACCAAUUACAAACAAGCUUUACGCGGGAAAUUUGAAUUACUUAUCUUCUUUUAAAAACAGAUUAUAGUACUUUUUGUAUUCGAUUUAAUUUUACUCCAACUUCACGGAAGAAGUAACUAAAAUAUAUACUCUGAAAAAAUAAAGUCUACACUCUUCUUUACAGCUGUACUUGAUGGAUAUCAUAUUUAGGCGCUGAGUAGCGAUGGAGUAUUUUUUUAUUUUUUCUAAAACUAUUUAUAAAUAAAGUAUAUAGAUUGUUUUGUUUACGAAUAUGUUUUACAAUUGUAUAAUAAUAUUUAAGACGUUUAUUACUGUUGAUAUUCGAAAGAUGAAAGUCAGUAUUUUAAUUGUUAAUAACAUUUAAUAGGCCGAGAGCCAGCGACAGUCAAAUUAUUACUCUUUAUAGUAUGGUACUAAGGGUGCUGUAUAUGAGGGUAGGAUUCAAUAAGUGAUUUUCAAUACUAUUGUAUUGGGUAUGGGUAAUAGGCUAAUAUUGUAUAACGAUUUUUCCUUGCAAUUGAUCACAAGUAAUAGACGGAGAGGCAGCUCUGAAAAGUCUCUUUGAAUUUACUAAAGCUAAAUUUUUCACAGUUGAUUACUGUGAUUGUGUAGAGAAACAUACUGCGGUCGGUCAAGCGAAACGUAGAAGAGGGGUUACUGAGAGGGUAUCAAAGUUGCUUUCCUACGAAGGUAAUUAAAUCCAUUUACUAAGGCUGAAAAUCAGUACACACAUUCUAAAUUAAAUAUAAAUCAAAGUUAUUAUAGUCGGUCAGCUGUAUGACGGGACAGAGCCGGUCGGUCGGCCCCAGUGAAUGUACAGGGUUAUUCGGUUAUUCACUAUAUUUUGACCCCCUUGUAAACUGCUUUAUUUACAGAAUUAGAAAAAAAUGUAAAAUACAAAAGUUAUUCGAUUUUUAAAUUACGAUUUUUUGACAUAUAUAUGAUGACGUAAUCGACUAUUUUUUUAAAUGAGAAUAGGGGUCGCGUGCUAGCUCAUUUUAAAGGUUAUACAAUUCUCUAUACAGUACUAUAAAAAUUAAGAUCAUUAUUUAUACAGGGUGUCCAAAAAUAGUUUGAAUUAUUAAUUAAACAAUUAAUUUAAUUAAAAAAAAAUUUUUGGACACCCUGUAUAAUUAAUCAUGUUAACGUUUAUAUUACUGAAUAGGGAAUUAAAUAACCUUCACCUAAUAACUAUUAGGUGAAUAACCACCUAAUAAUAGGCGACCCCUAUUCCCAUUUAAAAAAAUAGUCGAUUACGUCAUCACGCCCAAAUGGAUGACGUCACUAGUACGAUAUAUAUGUCAAAAAAUCAUAAUUUAAAAAUCGAAUAACUUUUGUAUUUAACAUUUUUGUCUAAUUCUGUAAAUAAAGCAGUUUACAGGGGGGGGGUCAAAAUAUAGUGAAUAACCCUGUUCAUUCACUGGGGCCGACCGACCGGCUCUGUCCCGUCAUACAGCUGACCGACUAUAAUAACUUUUAUUUAUAUUCAAUUUAGAAUGUGUGUACUGAUUUUCAGCCUUAGUAAAUGGAGUUAAUUACCUUCGUAGGAAAGUAACUUUGAUACCCUCUCAGUAACCCCUGUUCUACGUUUCGCGUGACCGACCGCAGUAUGUUUCUCUACACAAUCACAGUAAUCAACUGUGAAAAAUCUAGCUUUAGUAAAUUCAAAGAGAUUUUUCAGCGCUGCCUCUUGGACUAUAAGUUCUACGUGGCGUUUAACGUAACAGCUAAACACCGAAGUUAAUUAAUUUCUUUGAUCUUACAAAAAAUAUCAUCAUCAGUAGUGCUACAGCCCUAGUUAAAUUUCGACCUAUUAGUCUUGCCUGCCUGUUGGUCUUGGUCUACCUCUGCUCCUAUUUCCUACUGGUACCUCUAAUAGGGUUCGUCUGGGUGGGGAAUUUUUAUUGGCUUUUGACACAUAUCCAACCCAUCUAAGCCUACCUAUUUUUAUGAAAAUAUUUUCUAAUUCUGCCAUUUACUAAUUCUGUAUAUUUCUCGUACAAUUCGAAAUUAUAUCGCCCUAUCCAAAUACCGUUUUCACAGUUUGGGCAUAUUAUUUCUCUUAGUAUCUUUCUUUCGAAGAUGAGCAGGCAAUUUGCGUCUGUUUUGGAGAUGGUCCAGGUUUCUAUCUCAUCGUUUCUUAUUAGGCCCUCACUGAUUUCGUCCAGCUCGAAUUCUAAGAUGGUUUGACUAUAAACUAAACAACAAUGGUAAUAAAAUAUACCCUUGGCGCACCCUACGGCGAAACUGGAUAUCUUCAGUCAGAUUCCAAUAGAGGUUACUAUGCAUUUUACAAGCGUUUUAUAUACCAUUUUCGUACCGUUCAAACGCAUACUCAGAAUUGUCUCUAGUCUAGUGAGCUCUCGGACUAUAAACUGUAUAAUCUUCCGAAUUAUAAUCAAUGUUCAAUAUAAAAGAUUAGGAAGGUGAAAACCCAAAUAUCAGACAGCAGUAAAACGAGAUUACUAUUUCAUUGUAGGUACCUGAGUGAAUAGACUCAUUUGAUGAACUAAAAGCUGUCUACAGUAUCUCGUGUAGUUAGUUAUUUGAUAUAUCGGUCAUAUACAAAAUCUUAGGUUUCGCACUAUAAGGUUUGUCUGAAUGAUUGAUAGUCGCUGGCUCUUGGUCUAUGAUUAAUAGAAUUAUUUGUGUUCUAUUCUUAUCCAUUGUAAAAGUUUUUACUCUGUUGUAUAUAGUUACUAUUUGCUAGUGUAAAAUAAAAAAUUUACAACUCUG